CACUUUUUUUUUUCGCCCUGCUGCGGCACGCCCCCCCUCCCAUUCUUCUUUCUCUGCGCAAAACAGAGAAGAGCAUCUCCCACGGGGGCGUGUGAACCCGGAGAGCUGGGAACAAGGCCGGGCAGCAUCUGCUCUACAGUCCCUUCGUGCGCCAAAACCGUCUAGCCUGGCGUAUGUGCGUGCUUGUUAAAUAUAGAGUUGGGCCGCCUCCACCACAUGGCCGCCAUAGCCAGAUACCUCUGCCCCAACUACUAAAACUAUAGCACGCCACUUUACUCCCGCUUCUGCAGAAAUCAGUACUAUAGUGUGAUAAAACGAUUCUUACUGCUCGACUAUUCAAUCCAGAGUACAACUUUCAGUGUUUCGCUUGGACAAUCUACGCCAGUUGGUUCUCUCGUCUGCCAUAUAAUACAACGUCCAACCAACAAGCUCUCGCGAUAUACCUUCCCACUCAACGCAGCACAAUAAAUACCGUCAACAUGUGUAAUUACAUCUACAAGGAGCUUAGCUGCCAACACCACUACCACCUCGUUGAGUCGUGGUGCAGCAAGUACAUUGCUACGGAGCGACGAUGCCCUCCCAAGGUCAUUAGCAAGCAGUACUGGGGCGAUGAUAUCUGCUCCGCCUGCAAAGAGCGCCAACAGCCAACACCAAAGCCUUGGGCCAGACUGAUACAGAGAUCUGGCCCUCGUCUGCCAUCAUACACAUCCUUGACCUCCUAUCCUUGCCAGAUUCCCGUCUAAAUUGACCUCGCAACACUUACAGCCUCUCUGGUUGCCACCAGAUGGCUACACCACAGCACACACCAGACUACACAUCUUCAUCGGUCUUUACCACGGCGCAAUUCGACACGGGAUUAUGGGACACAAGAAUGCACUGAUUGGACACGCAACAAUGCAGCACGGAGUUUUGAUUUUCCCCAUCUUUUUCUUUCUCAGCAUCGGCAUCAUCGUCUUAACAACAAGACGCCUCUUUUCUUCGACCACAAGGUCACGCAACAUGUUUUAUUUCAGUAUGGUUAUGGUUUAGGAUUCGUUCGGUGUUUGCUUUACUUUUGAGUUAAUAUUGGGUUGUUUGAUUCUUUAAGAGGAGGACAUGGGAAACAGUACAUGGACGCAGUUUUAGGAGCGCAAGCAUCAGCAUCUCGUCCAACAUUUACGCUCGACAGGCAAAAUUGUCAGAUAUACAAACACACGCAAGUGAUUUAGGUACUUCUUUUUGGCUUUUUUUUUCUUUUCUUUUUUAUUUCAAAAGACGAACAGUUUAGAUAGUAGAAUAUUAUUGAGUUCCUCCUUUUGCAUCGUCAUGUCUCACACUUUCACGAACUUGUGUCACAUAUGAACUAGUGUAAGUGGCGGUGAAAACACAUCGUGGUCAACCACACAAACUUGUGUAACAAGACAUAUCUAAUUCUUCAUGCCUCCAACGGCCACGCGUGCGAACCGUUAUUCUGUAUCACGCAAACAAAGUCUCCGUAGGCGAGCGCAGGUGCUUGUCGUCCAGGGCCUGAGUGGUCGGACGAGCGGCCUCCAGUAUCUCCAGAUUCCGUAUCUCCCGCCAAGGCAAAGCAAUUAUUAUGCCUAUUACCUAGAAAACAGGGAGAACCUACAGUGCAUAGUACUCAGAGCAUAACAGGGUGUAAAGCGCCUCAGGUGGCUGUGGAAACAGUCGCGCGGGAUGCGGUCGCUCAGCCCAAUGAGGCGUUGCAGCUUUAUGUCGGGGGCGGCAGCACCACCACCACCAGCUUAAACCGGU